AUGGCCUUUUCAGGCCGGCCCCCCCGCCUGAAGGUCCUGGUGGACAUGGACGUCCCAGGCCCGAUCAGGGAGGGCGACUCGUUCACGCUGAGAUGUGUGGGGGACAGCGGGUCGCUGGACCAAGUCUACUUCUGGAUUCACAACGAGGAGCUGCACGGGGGCCCCUCUCAGCAGAUUGAAGGGGCAACCUUGUCUCACGGGGGCAAUUACACCUGCAUGAAGUGGGUCUCCGACAUAGGGCAUGCCUACCUGGCCAUAUCCCCCACCACCUAUGUGGCCAUCCUUGCCCCCCCUGUGGUGCAUGUGGUGGCCACCCCAGGCCCUCAUCGCAGCACGGGGGAACCCCUGUCCCUGACGUGCCGGCUGGACACCAGCGCCUAUAGCGGAUUGGACUUCUCCUGGUACAAGGAUGGUGAGCGGCUGGGGUGGGCACAGGCGGAACUGGCUUUCCCGGGCAUCCAGGUGGCUGAUGGGGGAAAGUAUCAGUGUGAGGUGCACAACACCCUAGGGAAAUCCACCUCCCUGCCACUCUCCAUCACUGUUGUGU